AACGCGCUGUCACCAAACAACCUCACUUUCUCACCCCACGCGUCAGUACUCCUGGGCAUGUCGUUUGUGAGAGCACCUGAGAGCAGCAGGGAAGUCCUUGAAAAAAGGCGCAUUGCAAAACGCUGGUUGUUUGUUACGGAAAAAGGGCUCUGGGUCGAUUGGCAUUCCCACGUAGGUCAUCUUGCAGGCUACGCGCAAACAGAUACCGCAUCAAAAAAAACGCCGAGUCCAACCAGCCCGAACAGCGUUGCGCGCGAGUAUCAGUUCCACUAAGCGAGUGCAGAACGAUGAAAAGCAACUCCGCCGUAACAUGUCUGCCAGCAAACGUAUGGGCACUGCUGUUGCUCCUGGUUGUGUUUGUCGACGCAAAGUGUGACUGGGCAAAACGACCUUGCCAGGUGGGACUUGUCAACUCAGCAUAUUCGCGGCAUGCCGAGCAAGUGAAGGAACAUCUGGCCAAAGCGCCGCGAGGACUCCAUCGCAAGAAGCGACAAAUCAGCAUCAGCAAGCUGAGUGGGACCGGGGAUAAUGGCGGUACCCUGUUUGCUUAUCAUGGAAACAUCAACAUCGGAACCCCGGCACAGAGUUUCAACAUCCUCUUUGACACGGGCUCUCAGCAGCUGUGGGUUCAGUCCAAAGCCACAGGGAACGGCCUCAACCCCAGCGGAAACUUCUUUGACGCCUCACAGUCCUCCACUCAUGUAACACUCAACAAAGCAGCGGAUCCAAUACAGUACGUGGACGGGACAACAGUAACAGGAGUGCUAGCCAAAGAUGUGGUGGCAAUAAACGACCUGUCGAUACCAGACCUGACAUUCGAGCUGGCGAAUACCGUCACUUCCAAAACUGACACGACGGGCACAACGCUUCCCAGCAAUGACACGCAGACGGACGGGAUCAUGGGCCUGUCGUUCCCGUUACCUGGCGACGAAGACGCAGGCCUGUCGUUCUGGGACAGACUUGUGAGCGAUAAGAAAGUGACGUCUCCAGCCUUUGGAUACUUCAUUGAUGACACAAAUACGAACGGGGGCUUGACGUUUGGCGGCGUCGAUCAGGCGAGGAUCAAUGGGGAGGUCAAAUAUGUGAACCUGACGCCGUCGGGGAUCGAUCCGAAUGGGAAACCGCUGUACUUUUUCUGGCAGUCGGUGCUGACUGCUAUCACCGUCGGCGACGCGACGGUGGCGCAAACUUCGAAGGCGGCGCAGGUGGAAGUGCCGGACCAGCUGGCUGUCGUCUUUGACACUGGCACCUCUCUUGCGGUCAUACCGGGACCCGUAGCCGAUGCUAUCAACACCAGACUGGGUCUUCAAAUAGCCACGGACGCCGAACCCUACCUCUACGUAGCGGACUGUUCGGACGGCAAAAUUCCUUCAGGGAUGCCCGACGUCACUCUGUCCUUCGGCUCCACAAACAUUACAAUAACAGCGGAAGAGUAUCUCUUCUUCCAACCGGCGGAACAACCGGGCGUCAUUGCGUGCGUGUCGGGGUUCGCGGGGCAGGAUAUAACCACUGCUUCAGCGUCAGGGUCCGGGAAUAGUAAACUGCUGUUCCCUUCAGGCAUCCUCGGAAAUGUAUUCCUACGGCGGUUCUACACCGUUUUCAACUCGGGCAGCAAAACGGUCGGUUUUGCCAUCGCGAAUCGCAACACCGGCAUUGGGCCGCGAUUGACCUCUUUGCCGUCUUCGACGCUGCCGCCGCCUGCAGGGACGCAUUCUGCCGCCCCGUCAUUGCGACGGGCCUCAGGCCGUUGGUUUACGCAUCCCACUGUCGUCUGGGCCCUGGCAGCAGCCGUCUGCCAAUUCACAUACUAAUUGCAGCCUCGCCAAUUUUGAUACCCAGAACUUUUUGAAAGCUGGCCAGGUUUUUGCAGACACUUCUCUCUGCGUGUACAUACUUUCAUUUUUCGCC